AUGAGUAGUAUGUAUCACGAUUACGAUCAUCUCACGGCUUCAGGGAAGGGCCUGUGGUCGAAGUUCUAUGGACUGGUGGAUGCGGCGGUUUUGUUAUAUGAUGAGAUACAACGUCGUGGCAAGAUCGUAUCUGAAGAAGAAAGCCAGAAGAGAAUAUUUUGUCUCUUCCCGAGAAGAAAAAGAUCGUCUUUGGUGAAGAGACAACAAAAGCUUAAUGGUGGUUUUAUCUCUUUUACUUCUUCAUCGCUUAUCGAUCUUAACCAGUUGCCGACUGAUUCUGAGAUCGAAGACCCACAAACCUCUGAUUCCCAGAUGAAAACCCUACAAAACUCUAGUUCUGAACCUUGCACUUCACUCGUACUCUUUGAUUACAAAACGGCUGAGUCCGAGAAGAUGGAGGCGAAAACCCUACAAAACCCUAGUUCUGAACUUUGUUCAUCACUCGUACUCUCUGAUUACAAGAUGGCUGAGUCGGAAAAGAUGGAGACGAAAGACCCACCAAACCCUCUGUCUUUGUGCCUAACGGGGAACACAAGCCGCAAGAGACGUGCUGUGGAAGAGAGGAAACGUACCGGUGGAUUCAAGAAGGCAAAGGUUGCUCCUUUUCCAGGGACAGCGAGAGAUACGCCUAAGUGGCUUGUCAAGGUGAUGAGAGACAUGAAAGAAGCCAAAGAUGCUAAACUGAUCUUUGAGAAGACUCUGUUUGUGACUGAUAUAAACCCAACACAGAACCGUCUCUCAAUGCCGUUCAACAACUUACUCCAAAACGAUUUCUUGACGUCUGUGGAGUCCAGAAUCAUAAAGGAAGACAUCAACAACAAUAAGAAGAUUGGAGUGGGAGCGAUUCUCGUGGAUCAACGGUCUGUAAAGUGGGGUGUGAUGUUGAAAAGAUGGGAGCUGAAGAAGGAAUCAGGAAAAGGAAGCUGGAACUACAAUCUGAUUUGUGGGUGGAACGAUGUCGUUGAGGCUAACGGAUUGAAAGAAGGCGACAACAUUAGUGUUUGGUCGUUCAGGUGUCGUGGAGUCCUUUGCUUUGCCAUGGAACAGAGUAGCUCUUCUCUUGCUCUCUGUCUCUGCUAA